UCAAAAUGGCGGCCGCGAGUACUUGUGUUCGACGUCUUCCUUUGGUCGUGAUUUUAGGCUGCACGGGCACUGGAAAAUCAAAACUUGCUAUUGAAAUAGGAAAGAAAAUAGGAGGUGAGAUUAUUAGCGCAGAUUCCAUGCAAGUUUACAGCGGACUUCCAAUAAUAACGAACCAAGUAACGAAAGAGGAACUUCAACAGUGUCCACACCACGUUAUCAAUUUUGUUUCCCCUUUUAAAGAAUUCUCAGUAGUUCAGUUCAGGAAUCUAGCUCUGCCAUUGAUAGACGACAUUAAGAAGCGUGGCAAGAUUCCAAUUAUUGUGGGAGGGACAAACUAUUAUAUAGAGUCAUUGCUAUGGGAUAUCUUGAUUGAUGCUGAAAACGAAAAGGAGUCAGAAACUCUUUCUUCUGGAGAAGAGAAUGAAAGUUUUAGUAUCAAAAGGCGAAAAGUUAUAGAGUGCAAUGGUGGUUUAGAAAGUACAGGUUCUAUUCCUGGUGAAGAAAAACCAAGCUUGCAUACUAAGCUUGCUACUAUAGAUCCUGAAAUGGCUUCCAGAUUACAUCCAAAUGACACUAGAAAAAUUGCCAGGAGCUUACAAGUAUAUGAACAUCAUGGCAUACCUCAUAGUCAGCUGCUUGUUGAUCAACGUACGAAAGAAGGGGGCACAGCCUUUGGUGGUCCUUUGCGAUUUGAUUUCACCUGUGUGUUCUGGUUACAGUGUGAGAAAGAAGUACUAAAUGACAGACUUGAUAAGAGGGUUGAUAAGAUGAUUGAAAAUGGAUUGGUCAAAGAAUUACUAGACUUCCACCAAGCUUACAACAAGGAAAGAAUCGACAAUGUUGGUGCCAAGUACACAGAAGGGAUUUUUCAGUCCAUAGGAUUCAAAGAGUUUCAUGAGUUCUUGUUGAAGCCAAAUCUUAAUGAAAUAGAGAAUAUUGACAUGCUUGUCAAUGAACAUAAAGAGAUUUUUGAAAACUGUGUGGACUCAAUGAAAACCAUCACAAGAAGAUAUGCAAAGAAACAAACGCAAUGGGUAAAGAAUAGGUUUCUUUCCAGACCAAAGGGAGCAGCACCAGAUGUCUAUGGUCUUGAUGCAACAGAUUUAGAACUCUGGAAUCAAAGUGUACUUGAAAGAGCCAUAUUAAUUUUAGAUGCCAUCAUAAAUGAUGAGAUACCUAAUGUAAAACCCCUGGAGAGAAAUAUUACAGAUCCAAAUGGGGCUCACACAAAGCAUGUUUGUGGUGUUUGUGAUGACAGAGUCAUCAUUGGUGACAAAACCUGGGAAAAACAUCUAGCUUCAAAGUCUCACAAAUGGCAUGUUAAGAAAAUUAGAAAAAUGGAGAAUUCUUCGUAACAUUAGACAUUUUAUCUCCAUACCAGAGAUCUGUUUGGAAUUAAUAUUUGUCUUAACAAUAUAAGUAAAAACAUCUUCAAUUCAGAUAAUUAAUUAAUUCAUAAAAUUCAGACAGUGAAAUUGUGCACUUUAUUAAUGUUGAUAACACUUGAAGAUGUAUCCAAAAUAUAAAUAUUUCAAAAUAGGACAUAAAAUAAGACAGUUAUCAGACAAUGUCUGGCCAGAAUUGGAUUUUUUCUGGUCAACUCUUUGCCUUCCUGGUCAUUUUGACCAGUAAUGUUGAGCCAGAAAUGUGGUGUGACUGAGCUAGAACAAACUUGGAUGGUGCUCAUGACUGGCAACUAACUGGUCAUUUUAAGCCUGUCAUGAUAUACCAAUUCAUAUUUUUUCAAUUCAUAUAACACUAGGUGCCUUGUACAUCAAAGAAAGUAUUUGACAAUGGUAUGCAUUACAAUUAAUGUACAUUUGUAUUGACAUUAUAAUUAAAGAUUCAAUGAGAGAAAUUAAAGAAAUCUUUGACUUCCGA